CCGUUACCCCGCCACCUUCCCCCACCGCCCCGGUCCAGCUCGGAACUGCGAGAUUUGGCACUUUUUGAUCGAGUUGGGGUCAGUCCCCAAGGGAUCAGCCAAAAAUGUGAUGAGAAUCUACUGAAGUGGAAGGAGAUUAUUUCAGGAUGGCUUCCUUCCAACGUUCUAAUAGCCAUGACAAAGUGAGGAAAAUAGUUGCAGAGGAGGGUCGAACAGCUCGGAACUUGAUAGCGUGGAGUGUUCCACUGGAAAACAAAGAUGAUGAUGAUAUACCUGCUCCAUUCAGACCAGGCCGAAAAUCUAAAUGGCAAACGGGUGGAAAAUCUAAGCGAACCAUUCAUGGCUCUCAUAAAACUACUAAACAGAGCGCAGCCAUAGACAGUAAAAUAACAUCAUCUUCAGCUGGAGAGAAACACUUUGAUAAAAGUCCCACUAAAAUCAGGCAUCCUCGGAAAAUUGAUCUAAGAGCUCGAUACUGGGCAUUCCUUUUUGACAAUCUUCGCCGGGCUGUUGACGAAAUCUAUGUCACUUGUGAGUCAGAUCAGAGUGUGGUGGAGUGUAAGGAGGUGCUAAUGAUGCUGGAUAACUAUGUAAGAGAUUUCAAAGCACUAAUUGACUGGAUACAGCUUCAGGAGAAACUAGAGAAGGCAGAUGCUCAAAGCAGGCCUACUUCAUUGGCAUGGGAAGUGAAGAAAAUGUCCCCCGGGCGGCAUGUAAUUCCAAGUCCAUCUUCAGAUAGGAUCAACGUAACUUCCAGCGCUCGAAGGAGCUUAAAUUUUGGGGGUCCUUCUGGAGCGAUCACUGCCACCCGUCUGGCCCCCACAGGUGUGAGUUGGGCCGACAAAGUCAAAGCGAAUCAUUCAGUUGCCGUCACUGUUCCCAACCUGCCAUCUACGCAGAACUGUGCACCUAUAACGGUACAGAAGACCUCCCGGAAAAAUGAGGGAAAAGAUGCGGAAGGAUGGGAGACAGUGCAACGAGGAAGGCCUGUUCGUUCGCGUUCUACAGCAAUGGUCCCAAAAAUUCCCCUACCUGCAGAGCCAUUGCAGUCAAAAGACGACAGCGAUAAAGAAAAUGUCCUAUUGAUAGCAGAAAACAAACCGGAGAUUGGAUUCAUUGGAGAUGGCCCCUCAAACAUGGCAGAGCCUCUGACCAAAGACUCUGUAUGUCCUCAUGAGCAUCCCCUUACUGAAAGAACCCAGUUUGCAGUAUGUACUUCAGAUGAUGUCAGGGAGUCUGGAAAUGGUUUCUUACAAGACAAUUCUUCGCAUUCUUCUGAAAUACCUGCGGUCUUCAUAGAUGCUGAAUGUAUUUCAAAUACUCAGCCUACUGAUACAUAUCCUUCACAGAGUAAUACAGACAAAUUCCCAAAAGAGAAAAUGAAGAUUGAAAGUGAAAUGGAUCCAUCAGAUAUUUCAAACGUGAGUGCUGCUAGAUUGUCAAUGGCAGAAGUUCUUGCCAAAAAAGAAGAAUUAGCAGAUCGUCUGGAAAAGGCCAAUGAAGAAGCCAUUGCUAGUGCCAUAGCAGAAGAAGAACAGUUAACCAGAGAAAUCGAAGCAGAAGAAAACAAUGACAUCAACAUUGAGACGGACAAUGACAGUGAUUUUUCUGCCAGCAUGGGCAGUGGAAGUAUUUCUUUCUGUGGCAUGGCUCUGGACUGGAAUGAUGUUCUGGCAGAUUAUGAAGCUCGUGAGUCAUGGCGCCAGAAUACAUCCUGGGGGGAUAUAGUUGAGGAAGAACCUGCUCGUCCACCAGGACAUGGAAUCCAUAUGCAUGAAAAGCUGUCUUCACCUUCCCGCAAAAGAACAAUAGCAGAAUCUAAAAAGAAACAUGAAGAAAAGCAAAUGAAAGCACAGCAGCUAAGAGAAAAGUUACGAGAAGAGAAAACAUUAAAGCUUCAAAAAUUGUUGGAACGGGAGAAAGAUGUACGGAAGUGGAAGGAAGAGUUACUGGAUCAAAGACGCAGGAUGAUGGAAGAAAAAUUGCUUCAUGCCGAAUUUAAACGUGAGGUGCAGUUACAAGCAAUUGUCAAAAAAGCACAAGAAGAAGAAGCUAAGGUCAAUGAAAUUGCCUUUAUAAAUACUUUGGAAGCUCAGAACAAACGCCAUGAUGUGUUAUCCAAACUGAAAGAAUACGAACAGAGACUGAAUGAAUUACAAGAAGAGCGUCAACGAAGGCAGGAGGAAAAACAAGCCCGUGAUGAAGCUGUGCAGGAACGCAAGAGAGCUCUGGAAGCAGAACGCCAGGCCCGGGUGGAAGAAUUACUGAUGAAACGGAAGGAGCAAGAAGCCCGCAUUGAACAACAGCGGCAGGAGAAAGAGAAGGCCCGAGAAGACGCGGCCCGGGAGAGAGCCAGAGAUCGGGAAGAAAGACUGGCAGCCCUAACAGCAGCUCAACAAGAAGCUAUGGAGGAGUUACAGAAAAAGAUUCAACUGAAGCAUGAUGAAAGCAUUCGAAGGCACAUGGAACAAAUUGAACAAAGGAAAGAAAAGGCAGCUGAGUUAAGCAGCGGAAGACAUGCUAAUACGGACUAUGCCCCUAAACUUACUCCGUACGAACGAAAAAAGCAGUGCUCACUUUGUAGUGUUCUGAUCUCCUCAGAGGUGUAUCUUUUUAGCCACAUUAAAGGAAAAAAACACCAGCAAGCCGUAAGAGAAAAUAGCAGUAUCCAAGGACGAGAGCUCUCAGAUGAAGAAGUGGAGCAUCUCUCGCUUAAAAAAUACAUUGUUGACAUCGUGGUGGAAACCUCUGUUCCAGUAGAGCCCUUGAAAGAUGGAGAAGAGAAGCAGAAAACAAAGAAGAAAGCCAAAAAACUGAAGGCCCGGAUGAAUUCCAGGGCUAAGGAAUACGAGAGUUCAGUGGAAGCAAAAAAUCCCAGCUCUGACUCACCAUAUAAAGCAAAAUUGCAGCGUCUUGCAAAAGACCUUCUGAAGCAGCUCCAGGCACAGGACAGUGGCACUUGGGCAAGCAAUAAGGUUUCAGCUCUGGAUCGGACUCUAGGCGAGAUCUCUCGUAUUUUGGAAAAAGAGAACAAGGCAGAUCAGAUUGCAUUUCAAGUUGCCGGGGGAUUCACAGCCCUUGAACAGAUCCUUCAAGUAGUGAUCUCUGCCACCAAUCCAAAUGCAGUAUCACGCAUCCCUCCCAAAUCAUUGUGCAAUACAGUAAAUGUUUACAACCUCAGCUGCAAUAACUGCCCAGAAAACUGCACCUAUAUCCUAUUCAGUAACAAGAUUACCUUCUUAAUGGACCUUCUGAUGCACCAACUGAUGGUUUAUGUUCCAGAUGAAAAUAAUGCUAUUUUGGGAAGAAGUGCAAAUAAGCAAGUUUUUGAAGGUUUGACAACUGGGCUUCUCAGAAUCAGUGCUGUGGUUUUUGGCUGCCUGAUCUCCAAUCUACCAGAUGGAAACAGCCGGCCUACUACACCCAAAACAUCAACACAGGAAAUGAAAAACAAACCCUCGCAAGUUGAUGCCUUUAACAGCCGGGUCCAAGACCUCAUCAGCUAUGUGGUGAACAUAGGAUUGAUAGACAAGCUGUGUGGCUGCUUCCUUUCUGUGCAAGGCCCGGUUGACGAACAUCCCAAAAUAGCUACAUUUCUGCAGAAUGCUACAGCAGUCUUACAUGGAAUGUGCAGGCUGUGUUUUGCUGUCAAUGGAAAGUCUUGGAGCAUAUUUGACAAUACGCGUCAGGAUCCCACAGGACUAACUGCUGCUCUUCAGUCUUCAGACUUGGUUGGAGUUUUACAUAUGCUGUACUGUAUUCUCUUCCAUGGCACAAUCUCAGAUUCAAACCCAGCGAGCCCUAAAGAGAGCUAUGCACAGAACACCAUCCAAGUUGCGAUUCAGAGUUUACGCUUUUUCAACAGCUUUGCAGUUCUGGACCUGCCAGCUUUUCAGUCUAUUGUAGGUGCCGAAGGUCUUUCCCUUGCCUUCCGACACAUUAUCAGCUCCCUCCUGGGGUUCUGUGCGCAGCACCCGUGUGAAGGACUGCUCCAUGAAGUCAUUGUUUGUGUUGGAUAUUUCACUGUAAACAACCCAGAUAACCAGGUAAUCGUACAGUCCGGCCGCCACCCCACAGUGCUCCAGAAGCUCUGCCAGUUGCCUUUUCAGUAUUUCAGCGAUCCUCGCCUAAUCAAAGUGCUGUUCCCUUCGCUGAUAGCUGCUUGUUACAAUAACCCGCAGAACAAGAUCAUUCUGGAGCAGGAGAUGAGCAGUGUUUUACUCUCCACGUUCAUUCAGGACUUUGCCCAGAGUCCAGGCCAGAUGGAUAAUCAGUCUUCUCUACAAAGGGACAAACUCUUCAGUUCCCAAGAUCAUCUCGAACUGUCAAACAGAUUCCCUCAGCAGGUCUGGGAAGAAGCACGUCAGUUUUUCUUGAAAAAGGAGAAUAAAUAAGUUUGCUUUGGAUGGUUUUUCCUUUUGAAUCUCUAAUAUUUUAAUUGUUAAAGCCAACACAUUAACUUUGUUCUUUGAAAACUGUCAUGAUGAAGUUUUGAUACUCCAGAUACCUGCAUUGUAGAUAUUUGGUAUAUACUUUGCACUAUUUAUAAUUAUUGUAGAUACUUUAAUCGUCUAGUUUAUAAUUUUGCGAGUUUGGGUUUGUUUCAUAUAUGUAUAAUACCAUGGGGUUUGGAAACUUCUACCCUGUUAUGUGGUACAUCUUGCACUGUAACGCUGGUUAAAUUAGGUUAAAAGUUUUGAAGUGUUCCUGUUCAAUAUACUGUAUCUUGUAAUAAAAUAACUUAUUCCGUUUGUGAUGUGUUUUUAUAUUUUAAUAUUGCAAUUUUCAUAUUAUGUUUUCAUUGUCUUGUUCAGAUAAAAACAAGUUUGAAACAAAAAAAAUGUAAGUCUCAGUUCUGAAGUAUAAUAUUAAUUGUUUGGACCUACUUAACUUUUCCACUCUGAGAUGAUGUUGGUGGUUUCUUUUUUGUUUUUUAAUAUUUAUAAAAUUUUUGAAAACUAA